AUGCUCAUUCAUGUUAAAGGUCAUCCCCACUUACCAGCGGCUGCUCUUCUCCCCCCUCCGCCCGCCCUUGCAGCUCUCCCUCUCCCGUUCUUUCUCCCUCCCCUUUCCCAUUCGCCCGUGCAGCUCUCCCUGUCCGCUGACCCAUCCCUUGACCUCUCCUCACCGCAUGCGGAUUUGGAUUCUCUCCUGCCGGCCACUGGCGCAGUGCUGCUGCUGCACGAUAGGGAAGCCUAUUCAGGAAUCACCUCCUUUCUUACUGCCUUUCCCCUGGUCCCCUUGCAGCUCUCACUCUCCUCCGGUCCCUCCCUUGACCUCUCCUCGCCGCAUGCGGAUUUGGCCUCCCUCCUGCCGGCCACUGGUGCGGUGCUGCUGCUGCACGAUCGGGGGAGGCUGGGGGCAGAGGGGGAGACGGGGGAGAAGGGUUCAGAGGGGGCGGAGGGAGAGAAGGGGCCGACGGUGGAGGAAGGAAAGGAGGGUGGUACGGGGGAGAGCAGCAGGGAGGAUGAUGCAGAGCUUGCAAGGCGACUGCAGACGAGCAAGGGGUGGCUGGUGGGGAGGGAAUGGUCAGGCGGCGUUGGAGGGGCGACUGCUGUCGCUGUCGAGCAAUGUCAUGCAGGUGAGUGGGGUGCAGUGCGGUGUAAUACGGUGCCAGGUGGUGCAGCGUGUUGUGUGCAAGACGGGCAAGGCAAGGGGGGGUGGGUGGGUGACGUGUCGGCAUUGGAGGGGCGACUGCUGUCACAAUGGAGCAAUGUCAUGCAGUACGAGGACCCAUCACGCCAGGCCAAGGCACGCUCGCUCAUUCCCCUGCAGCAGCUCGAGGAGGCUGCUGCAGUCUCCCUUGCUAAGCAAGGCCAGUACCAGCCGUCAGAGGGACAGUUUCGUGACGCUCUGUUGAGGCAGAUGCUGUUCUGGUUCAAGUCCUGGUUCAGAUGGGUGGACUCCCCUCCAUGCCCCCGCUGCCGCACCCCCACCUGCGCCUUCCACGGCAGCGGCACUCCUUCCACUGACGACCUGCUGUGGGGGGGAGAGCGCGUGGAGCUGCACAGGUGCAAGCAGUGUGGCACGGUGGCUCGCUUUGUGCGGUACAACGACCCGGCCAAGCUCCUGGACACCAGGGAGGGCCGCUGUGGCGAGUGGGCCAACGCUUUCACCCUCUGCUGCCGGGCUUUGGGCUAUGAUGCCAGGCAGGCAGUGGAUUGGACGGACCAUGUGUGGACUGAGUGCUACUCGCAUGCCAAGCAGAGGUGGCUGCAUCUUGACCCGUGUGAAGCAGCCUUUGACACGCCACUGCUCUACGAGAAAGGGUGGGGCAAGAAGCUGACAUACGUGUUUGGAGUGGGGAGGGAUGGGGUUGCUGACGUCAUUCGAAGAUACACACUCCAAUGGAGCAAGCUCCAGCACAGGCGGACGGAAGCAUCAGAGGUGGCUGUAGCAGCGGCAGUGGCAGCAGUGACAGCAAGGGCUCGAGCCAGCCUUGGUGUGGACGAGAGGAGGCGGUUGGAGGAGAGGGAUGCGAGGGAGAAAGAGGAGCUGAGUGGAGGGAAGGGAGGAGGGGAGGAGGGAGGACGGGAGGGAGGGGAGAGGGAUGGUGUGGUGUUGGGAGGGAGGCAGACCGGUUCUGUGGAGUGGAGAGCAGCGAGGGGGGAACUGGGGUUGGAGAGUGGUGGGGGUGAUGGGGGGGACAGGGGGAAAGAGGGGAAGGAUGGGAGGUUGGAGAGGAGGAUGGUGGAUGAGCAUGUGGGUGCACUGCUGCUUGCUGUCUGGAAGGAGGGAGAGAAGGAGGGGAGUGAGGGGGCGGGGUGGAUAGUCGGGGUGAAGGAGUGUGAAUCUGAAGGAGGAGAGGGGGCGAUUGCACAAGAGAGCAAAGAAAAAGGGGAAGUAGCAGCAGAGGUGGGAGGUUGGAGGUACGAACAAGGGGCUGUGAUGGCUGCUAUGGCGAUGCAGGCAGCACAGGAGGUGCUGCCACGUGUCAAGCAGGCAUUGGAGAAGAUGCGGACUGGGAGUGGUGUGGAUGGGGAUGCGGCGUGGCUGCAGGGGUUGGUGCAGCAUGAGAGGGUGUGUGGCGGCUGGGUGUCAGCGGAUGGGGAGAACGCACCCAACGAGAUGGCCAUAUCAGCAUGCGAUGCAUCGCUGCACACCAAAUGGCUGCACCACGAGGGAGGGAAAGGUGCAUGGUUGCAAUACCGGCUCAGUGGCUCCGCUCCUGUUACAGUCACCAUGUAUUCAAUCACAUCGGCGAAUGAUUGCCCAGAGAGGGACCCCUGCUGCUGGUUACUGCAAGCCACCAAGGACGGCGGAAAGACUUGGAGCGUUCUGGACACACAGGCUGGUGUGCAUUUCAGCAGCAGGCAUCAGACUAAAGUUUUUACGAUCAGCCCAGCCAAGCAAACCCCAGCAACUAUAUUCAGGCUUGCCAUCUCAGCCGUCCGAGACCCGUCCUGCAGCUGCCUUCAGCUUGCCUGCUUUGACCUUUUCACUGCACGCCAGCAGCCUCUGCAGACGGAUAAUGCGAAAGCACCCACAAAAGGAAUUCUGGACGGCAAAAGUCAAGAGCAGCUGCAGCAGCGGCGGCAGCAGCGGCUCGAGAGCAAUUUGCUGUGGCAGUACGUGAAGAAUUUCAACGUCUGGUGGUGGAAAUGA